AAGAAGACUACAGAGCCCGAGGGCAGGCCAAGACCAUCAAGGGUCUAAGCCGCUGCCGUGCCAACAAAUCUACGUAAGCUACCGUAACUCAGGUUCAUUGUAUUGUAAUCCAGAUCACGAAGCCUCAUUUUUGCGGCGCUGGAUUUCCCGACCCGGGGUUUUCGUUGGCAGUGCAUCGCAUUAUACCAGCACAGUACGACACUUGUAAGUUGAGUCAGUUGGCGGGCGGUGCGAUUGAGCAGAUUGUGGUUUCGUUCUUUGUUGUUUAUAUAGCAUCCGUUGACCUGAAUGAGGCUUAUAGAAGACGGUAGAGGCGGAGAAAAUGCCUCUUCUCCCCCACCAAUUUGCACCUCGUAUCACAGGGUGAGGGAGAAUUGAGCAACCAGCUGAAGCCUGAAAGAAAGCGAGAGCUUUCCGCUUGGCAAGAGUGGCUUACCCCUCCCACCUCUCCCCCACUCGGAGGGACUAAUCUCCGACUGCUUCCCAUAUCUAUUUGCGUUUCUCGCAAUGCAUGACUUGGAGGUUAAGACGCCGGGGGUCUUCCUGCACACGCCAUCCCCUCUGUUGCUUGAAUUAAUCCAGGGAAUCCAUGCUUGCGAGGUCUCCUGAGAGAUACAGAAUUUCUUGGCGUUUAAGCGAACUUUUCACGUGAUGAACUGUCCGAGUGAUCGUGGGUGAGAGCAUUUCGCCUGAACAGCGACGUCAAGGUAUCGGGGGAAAAUAGAAUGUCAAUUCUGAUGCUAACGCUAGAGAAGAACUACUGCACAGCUCCAGCCACUACGGUCGUAUCCUGCGCCCCAGAAAAGUUUCCACUUAAUAAUAUUGCUCCUCCUUCGGGAAAUCCGUGCUCUCGCUGACGGACCUCCAUUCCUCAACCCUUUUGUUAAAUUCCUCAUUGCUGCCAAUUAUGCACUUGACAGCAUCACUUCCGAGAGCAAGCGUCUUGGGAACUUCCCUCCCCUUUGCGCAUCCCGAGCUGGUGAGGACAUCAAAUAUGACCUGAGCACCCCUCUUGGGAUCCCCGCUUUGUUUCCUGUCCCUCUCGGCGAGGAAUGUCUUUGUAUUCUCAUUGAUCUCAUCGUAGGCCUCUAUCUUGGCCUCUGGGAGCUGGAACGACGUCCCUGAGGAGAGGAGGUUCGUGCGGAAGUAGCCGGGUUCGAUCAGGCAGGUUUUGAUGCCGAAGGGCUUGACUUCAUUGUCCAGGGUGAGGGAGAGAUCUAGGGGGGCAUAUCAGUAAGUUGGCUAUCGGGGGGGUGGAGUAUAGGGAAAGAAAGCGUACUUCUGACGGCGGCCUUGGAAGAGUGGUAAAGACCAAUGAGAGGAUCUGUCAUUGAAGCUCCCAUGCUGCCGACCGUGGCAAUGAUACCGGCCUUUCGUUCUCGAAAGUGUGGGAGGAUGGCGCGGUAGAGGUUUAGGAUGCCGAAGACAUUAGUAUGGUAUUGUGCGAGCGAUUCUUCGGGUCUACGUGACCACACCCAAGUUAGCUCCUACGCCCCCUUCAGCCUGUGGGAUGGAGCGGACAUACGUUCGCUCCUCCAAAGUUCCCGUAACAACAUAAGCUGCGUUCAGAACGAUAACAUCGAUGUGCCCAUAUACCGCAAUAGCGUCUCCAAUCUGCCUCCUGAGCACAUCCAAAGGUUCGUUCUGGUCGAUCUUGGUAGUCGCAGCACCGGCCUCCUUUAGAGGGGUCAACCUCGAAGUAUUCCUUCCCGCCGCGACGACUUUAUGACCGUUCUUGAGGAUGGUGUGAACGAGUUCAUUGCCGAAGCCGGAGGAAGUUCCAGUGACGAGCCAGACUUUUUGAGUAGCCAUUUAGAAUUAGAGUGCCGUUUUGUGAGGUAAUAAAGAGUGCAAGUAAAGGCGGAGGUGGUCGUUGAAGUCGUGUUCACGAGAGUUCAAGUGGCCUUAGGGUAGUCGAUUGAUCGUGGGAAGGAAAAAUUCUAGAGGGAAUCGAACUUCUAUUUAUCCUUUCGAAUCCUCAAUCCAACUUAUUCGGGCCGGAGACGUCAUACCCGCCAGACGUCGGCCCCGCAUUUACCACCUCAACGAUCAUUUCCUUUCGGCGCCUCAUCGGCGUUAAGCAAUAGGUUACGGACUAAAUCUUGGCGAGAGGAUAGACGCUCGCGGUUUAAGGUUUUCCCGGUCGGAGUUAGGCACAACAAGCAAUUCUUUUUUGCUGUUCGGAAAUGUUUGCCGGAUAGCUUGGCAUUAGCCCUAUUGAUAACAUGGUCGUUCUGGGAGCUUGAGGAUCCGUUUGAACCUUGGGCAUGUUGGCAGUCGUUUUUCCUCCCUUUGAUCCGCCUGCCCGUUUGGGUUACGACGCCAUUAUUGGUGCUGUCCCGGCGUUGUGGUUGCGAACACCCAAUCAAAUGAAGUCAAGGUUCUGGAUAUCGGUAUGAUACUGUUCGUCGGUAUCGUGUGUCUCAUGGGCAAUCUGUCACAUAUGAAACCAUGGCCGAGUGAUGCGUGAGUGAGGGUUGAAAGCUGGAGCACUUGGCUUCUUGCUUUGGAGGGUUUUUACCGGUAUUUUGACACCUUCCCUCCGAGCGGGCCGCUUUCUCCCAUGCACUUGGAUGGUUUUCAAGACUUGGGCGGGGCAAGCUAACCGUGUUCAUUUCGGCUGUAUCAUGAUACUGGUAUUAUGGGACAUGCAUGGGGUCGGUGUGUACCGAUAUGCAUGUCCUGGACUCUGCUGUAUCACACCAUCUUGGUGUCAAAAUUCAUGCGGCUUUUGGCAUUUCAUACCAAGAAUACACAAUUUUAAUGCCCUGCAACUCACCCAAAAGCACUGCAGAAUUAAUCAGAGUAGCGCCGUGGGAUUUUCUGUAAAGAUUGUAUGGCCUGUCACCCUUGUGACAGUGUUCUAAGAAAGGUUGUAAAGUGUGACACAACUACCUUUUAUAUGGGAAACCAACACAAGGUUCACCGUAUAUUUUGCUUAC